GCGCUCCACGGUCGCACAGUGGCGGUGCCGCGUGACGUCACACAGUGUCGCAUCGCAGUGCUGUGUCGCGGGUCAGCGCCCCAGCUAGGCGCAGCGAGCGCCGGGUUGUCUACGCCGUAGGCGCCGCUCUAAGACAUCGCGCUGUUCCGAGGGGCUUUCUUGAGAUGCUAGAGUGACCAGAUACCAGAGAUGACUGCUGCCAAAGGAGGUGCCAUGUUGGCUCUUCUGCAGUUGGCAGCACUGGCAGCCAUGUUGCAUUCUAUGACUGCUGCAGAGACGUGUGACCAGUCUGUGACGGUGGUGAGUCCGCGGACGGCGGUGGCAGGGGGCGCCACGGCCGUGCUGGUCACCCUCAGCGGGGGGCCCCGCCGUCCCCCUCGGCCCCCCCUCAAUGUGACGCUGCACCUCCUGGCGGCGUCUGGCGGCGACGAGGCCGACGCCGACCGGCCCAUCAUCUCCAGGAGCUCCGCCCUGGUGCAAGGCCAGGCGGUGAUCCCAGUGCUGGUGCCUCUGGACGCGCCGCCAUCCUGCGUUCUCCAGGCAGUGGUGGGGGGCAGCGUGCAGACGUCUUCCCGGCUGACGCUGGCGGGGCCCCUGCGGCACGCCAUCCUGCGGCCGGACCGGACCUCCUACUCCCCAGGGGACACAGUGCACUUCUGGGUGCUGGCGCUGGACCAGUCACUGCGACUUCCCUCCGGAGCGGCGGGCAGCGUCUGCGUCAGGGACCCCGCCGGAAACUGCGUGGCGCGGUGGCCGCAAGUCAGCCUCGGACACGGCGUGCUGAGCUUCUCGCUGCCGCUGUCGGGGGCGGCGCCCACGGGCACGUGGCACCUGCACCUGGAGGCGGACGACCGCCGUCUCUCCGGCUGGGGGGCGGCGGCAGCCUUCAACGUCAGCCUGCCGCGCGGCGAAGCGACGCAGGCGUCGGCGCCGGAGGACGAGGUGGCGAUGGCGGAGGAGCACUUCGUGGAGCUGCGCUUCGGGCGCGCCGUCCGCAGGCUGUACAAGCCGGGCCUGCCGUUCGUCGGCAAGGUGGAGUCGGUGAGCACGGAGAAGGUGGUGCGCGUGCGGGUGAAGGUGUACGACAACACGACGGCCAUCUACAGCCAGGACCUGGAGAUCACGUCCGGCGAGGCGGCGUUCGUCGUCCCGGCCAUCCUCGCCGACAGCGACCUCAUCACGCUGCAGGCCGAGCUGGUGUCGGUGGGCGGCAAGGAGAUCGACAGCCACUACGUGCUGGCCAGGGAGCCCGUGCGCAGGUGGCCCGGCUCCAGCGCGCUCCAGGACUGCUACCUGCUCGUCCAGGGCCUGGAGAGGACCUUCCAGCCAGAGGAGCGCGCCCACGCCACGGUGCUGUCGACGUGCGCCUGCGAGCGCGACGUGCUGGCCGUGGUGACCGCCCCCGGGGGCCGCGUGCUCCACUGGACGGAGAAGCGGGCCGACGCGCCGCCGCCCCCGGACCUCAGGCCGCCGCCCGCCAGCGUCGACGGCGCCGCCAUCUGCCGCCUCAACGUCAGCUUCGAGGUGCAGCCGGUGAUGGCGCCCACCAGCCAGCUGCUCGUCUACUACGUCACCGAGGAGGGGGAGCCCGUCACUGACGUCAUCAGCUUCGACGUCAGCCUGCAACACAGUGCCGUGUCGGUGAGCACGGAGGAGCGAGACUUCUGGCUGCCUGGACAGCGCCUGGAGAUCCGCGUCACGGCUGAGCCCAACUCGCUGGUGUGCGUAGUGGGGGGCCGACCGGAUGUGGCGGGGGCGGCGGAGGCGGUGGCGACGGCACCGCCGGGGGCGGCUUUGGGGGCGGCGGCCGCCCCCGCUGAGGACAGGAACGGCACCGGAUCGUGGUCCGGAGGCGUGCUGGACUUCCAGCAGGCGGGCCUGGACGUGUUCCAGCGGCGCUGCGUGCGCGCCUCCCCCAGAGGGCCCCGCGUGGCGGCGCUGCGCCAGCAGAGGGCGCCCACCCCGGGGCAGGCAGCGGCAGCGGAGGGCGGCUCUGGAGGCUACGGCCUGGGCGCGCUCCAGCUGGGCGUCGACCACGUCUGGCUCUGGCGCUGCUUCAACUUCAGCGGUUCGCAGCAGCAGCACCGGACGUGGGCGGCGGCACCCCCGGAGCCGGGCCAGUGGACGGUGCGCGCGCUGUCGCUGCCGCCAGGGCGCGGGCUGCGGCUGUCGGCGCCGCUGCAGCUGACCGUCUUCCGGCCGCUGGGCGUCGCCUUCUCGCUGCCUCCCACGCUGCGGGUGGGCGAGACGGCCCAGGUGGACGUCCGCAUCGCCAACAGCGCCGCCUCCUGCAUGGACGUGACGGCGCUGCUGUCCCUGACUGAGGGUGCACACUUCGCCAGUUCGGGCCUGCUGUACGUCAGUGAGAAGCUGAGGCUGGGACCACACGGGGCCACUUCUCUGGUCGUCAGGGUCGUCGUGACCAGCCCGGGCGUCAAGAACAUGACAGUGGAAGUGUCUGGAUAUGGUGGAGACUCGUGCAGGGACACCGGGGGCGGCAACGGCACGUCCCCAGCGCGCAGUGGGGGCAGCACAGGCAGCAGAAGUGCGCUGUCUGCCUCCGUGACACGCUCAGCUAGCACGCUGGUCACGCCCGAGGGGCUCCGCCGGACAACCACCGACAGUGCCUACUUCUGUGCCAACGAGAGACUGGUGGUGUCUACUCCGGAGGAGUUCCAGCCGGAGUGGCUGCCGGCUCCGCGGAACCGCGCCGGCGUCGUGCUGGAGGUGCGGGCGGCGGCGCCGGGGGCGGACCGGGACCGUGGGGGCGGCGCCGGGGGCGCAGUUGGCGGUGGGGGUGGAGACACGCCCCCGCAGCCGGCCGCCGUGGUGCUGCUGUCCUCCGGCAGAGGUGCCGGGCCCGACUCCUACCUGCUGGCUCUGGGAGACGUGUCGUGGCUGACCAGGGGGCCGCACGCCUACGGCGUGCGGUUGGCGAGUGCGCAGACGCCCGGCCUGGUGACUGGGGAGUUCCGGACGCUGUGGCUGAGCUGGGAGCGCGGCCUGCUCUCGCUGGGCCGGGGUUCGCACCUCCACCAGGGCCCGCUGCUCAGCUGGCGCGCGCCCACGGACAGCCUGGCUAUCUCGCACAUCGGACUCUCCGCACCGUGGGGAACUCCAGCAGAGUUCAGGCUGUGGAACUACAAUGAAGAAGCGGGCUUCUCACAGGUGCUGCACCUGGACGUGCCCCAGCCAGUGGUCCCUGGUUCAGAGCAGGGCUCCCUGUCCGUAGCUGGUGGACUUGCACUCCCAUCGUCUGCUGCUUUGUGGCUCCACCCAGCUCAGCAUGCCACCGACAUUGGCGAAGCCAGCAGCCUGGUGUCUACGCUCGCGUCGUUCAGCCCACUACCGACGCUGGACCACGGGGGGAUGCUGAUGGACCAGGAGGCGCCCUCUGGUGACGUCACGGACGUGAGGCGGCGGCUGGCCACGCAGCUGCAGGCGCUGCUCGUCUUCCGCAAGCCGGACGGCUCCUUCGGGGACCACCCCACGAAGGGCAGCCACAGCGGCACGGUGUGGGCGCUGGACGUGCUGAACCGCGCGCAGGCUCACGUCGCUGUCGACCCGCAGCUGCUGACGUCAGCCAAGCGGUGGCUGCAGGCCCGCCAGCGCGCCGACGGAGGCUUCGCGCCUGACGAUGCCGCCACCGGCGACGUCGAAACGACGGCCGAGACUCUGGUCGCGCUGCUCGCUGUCGGGCUCGAAACGGAGGGUGACGAGGAGUGCUGCCUGCGAGCGCGCUACUUCCUGGAGCGGUCGCUGCUGCUGGACCGAUCCUCGGCGCCCCCUCCACUGUCUGCGGCCUCUCUGGCGCUGGCUCUGGUCGCGUCCCGCAGCGAGGUGGCUGCCGCCGCCGUCGCCAGGCUCAGAAACGUCUCCGCCAAUGAGGAGGGCGACUUUGGCUGGCCCUACCACCUGUCAGACGCCAGGACGGGAACACUGCCCAGGGACCGCCGGCUAGCCACCACGGCAGCGGAGUACAAGGCUUCCCUGUACGCCCUGAUGACGUACUCCAUGAUGGGGGACCUACGCUCCGCCGAGCCCGUCGCUAAGUACCUGUUCUACCGCUCCUACCUGCUGGACACCCACAAAGAGCUGGUGUACCUGUGCGUGCGCGCGCUGUGGCAGCUGUCGUCGGUGGCCCAGGACCGGGAGCGGGCGCUGACCGUCUCGCUGGCCACGUCCGGCAUGGAGCUGACCGACACCCUGGAGCUGAGGCCGGGCACCCAGCCGGCCAGGGCGCUGCCGCUGCCCAGCCUGCCCACCAAGGUGUUCGUCUACGCCACUGGCGCCGGCUGUGCCACCGUGCAGGGUCGCGUGAGCUACUCCACAUACGCACCAGCCUCCCGGACCCCGUUGCUGGACAUCUGGGCGGCAGUCGAAGGCGAGGACUCGUCGGGGCUCCGACACCUCGAGGUCCGCCCUGCCAGGCUGUCCAUCAGGGUCUGCUUCAGGUGGAAGUCCCACCGACCAUCUGGUGUGCUGAGACUGGAGGUGCGCCUUUUCUCCGGGUUCCAGCUCUCAUCCUGGAGCGGCAGCGUGCUGGUGGACAGCAAUGGGACCACAGCGGACGUCCAGCAUGGUUCCAGGGCCGACAAAGUCUGGUUCCUCAUGUCUGGUGUGACCUCCCAGUGUGCAGUCUGCGUGCAGCUGUCAGCUGGUGGCGUCUACCCAGUGACGUCAUCCCGGCCGGCGUUGGCGCGCGUCUACCCAGCGGAGCGCCCUCACGUGGCAGCACACGUGUUCUUCCACAGCGCCACGCUGUUGACGGCGGGUGCCGAUGACGACCUCCUCACAUGGUUCGGCGCCUCACAACAAGGUGGAGUCCAGAUGGGGUCCAACUUCUCUGAGGUGUGCGAGUGCGGGCAGGAGUGCCAGCACGACCUGGUCGAGCCCCAGCCUUCGCCAGAGACGCCAGUCACCACCACGACGACCACAGCCACGACGACGGCGUCGGCGGCCCCCGACGCCGCUGGCGGUCACGACCAGCGGCCGGACACGACCACGAGGUCCCUGCCCACGCCGACACCACGACCCACCAGUACGUCUGACGAGCCUGGGGGAGGUGACGUCACCUACAGUGGAGCGGGGGCGGUGACGACGACGACGACAACGCCCACGACCACGACCGAGGAGCCGGAGUCCGUCAACAUCAUCAUCACGGACGACAACGCCGAGCUGGAGAGCCAGAAGGAGCGCCCGGCAGGGAAGAGAUACGGCCCCUCCUCCAAGAGUGCGAGUCCAGAUUCUGGGAGGAGUGUCAACAUGGAGCGCCGCCCAGUGGACAGUGCAACGCCGCUGCAGCAGGAUCACCAGAUGACACUGAAGGAGAGCCGUGGUCACGUGGGAGUCCAGCCUCCGCCUCCACCUAAAUCUCAACCUCAACCUCAGCAGGAGGAGCGGCUGCUGGUGCUGGACCGCGAUACACUGUGGGGAAUGCUCCGGGAGGCAGUCCACGUCGAGCUCAACAGCAGCAACCUGCUGAGGCGCGCCGCUACUGAGGCAGACUGAACCCGAGGUCGCGGUCACCGGUCAGCAUCUGGCUAGGCUGCAGUGCAUGUACUGGACCUAUCACUAGGUCAGACUGUGGGGCUAGUCACCAAGUAGCCAUCAGACAAGAUCGUGACAUCGGUCCUUGGUUUGUCACCAGACAGACUGAGUGACCAGCCUCCAGUCACCAAACCAGACUGUGGGCCUAUCCCCAACCUGUCAUGAAACUGACCAAGAGACCCAUCACUAGUCACCAGCCAGACGCUAAUCAGCCAGACAAUCUUACAGCCAGUCAUCCAGCCUGCUGGAUGUGCCAUUGAUGCUCCACAGAGUGUGUACUGUCGUGAGACUGUCACCUGACUGACUGAAGGACCCAUCACCAGUCACCAGCCAGACAAUCUUUACCAAGCAGCAGCUGCUGGUUGCUCCUGCCAGUCACCCACAUAGCGUGUAUACUGACAUUGGAUCAAGCACUUCCUCCAUUUAGUGGCACUGAAUGAACAUCAUUGCAGAAGUCUCUUGCAAUACAGAAAAUGCCCCCAAGAAGGAAACCCUACUGCUGUGGACAAGGGUCAUGAUGGUAUCAGCACAAAUUAUUCAUUUGAACAACAAACUAGUAAUCUGCGCUAUCUAGGCUUCAAAAACUAAUGAAUCGUUUUGUAGAACAGUAAAUGCUCCAAGAAAGGGAAUCAUUUGUUCUUGGAAUAGCUACAACUAAUGUCCUUGAGAGCGUAGAUUGUUCAGUAGUAUAAUAAAAUUCUUUGUAAAAUGGAGAUCGGUACUGAUUCAGGCUGGGAAAUUGUUCUCCUGAACCUCAGACCAGUCAUUUGCACUGCAUAGGCUUGAAACACUGAUAAGUCAUUUCAUAGAACCAACAGAAAAUACUCCAAAAAAGGGAAUCCUUUCUUUUUCUGAAAUGACUGCAUUAAAUUUUCAUAACAACAAAAGUCAUUCAGUAAAGGACUAAACACACCUUCAGAGCGAACUUGUGGAGGAGUGUUGUGAAAAUAUUCAUUACAGUGAAAAAUUAUUCCCUUGAACCUGAGAAUGGUCAGAUUCUGUAUCUAGGCCAAAAUAACAGAUUAGUCGUUUUCCAGCACAAAGUAUACUUCAAAAACUACAACUUUCUUCAUUUAUGAAAGUGCAACUGAUUCGUUCUGGGGAUUUUUUGUAAUUUAUCGCUUUCCCAACUACCAACCCAGACAACUGCAUCAAAUUGCUCACAUGUAGAAUCAAGCAGCUCCUGUCUCUAAAUACCACACACCAUUGUUCUUGUAGACAAAUAGCGUUUAACCUGGGAUAUUGGAGGGGAUCAACAAAAGGUUCGAUGCACCUGACAAUCAUAGUGAUGCUAGACUGGAUAGUUAAGGGCAUUUACGUUCCACUGUGAAAGCUGUACUCUCCUAGGACCUGAUCAACUGCCACAUAUACCCAUCAACAAAUUGCACAGUCUGGAACAGUUGGAACACCAUAUAAACACUCGUUGUCAUCACCCUAAAUGCAGUCAUCUGUUUGUUGCUUAUGCUACCAUAGUCUAACUUAAAGGUAGGAUUCUAGCAGUAGGAGUUAAGUUCCCGCUAUUUUCGUAUGGUUUCGUAAGUUAGGAAUUUACAGUAGCUUUCACAAUGAAAGAACGUGGGAGCAAGAAUCACCUUCGAUGUUAAAAUUCUCAGUUAAGUUUUCUCUAAUCUGAAUCGACGGGCCUCAAAGUAUGAAGCUUCAUUUAGAGUGUUAAAGGAGGUUAUCAACAUAUGUUCAGGGCAUCCUAGCUGUAUACUUCCCGCGAAAAAUAUAAACAAAAAUGUGGUGCAUAGCACUAAAUAUUUCGGAAUUAUGAGUACGAAGCGUAAUUUUAAUCGUAUGUUUAGCAAUAACAUUAUUGUAAGGUAUCUGUUCUGCUCAUGCAGAAGAAUAGAUAAAUGACUGAUUACAUAUCUUGUUUACUUAGUUCAUAAAAAUGGUAAUAUGUCUCCCUCCUUAUUUCCUUCUAUGCGACAUUUCCUUAAAAUCCCAUCUGCACCAUCACUUUUCCUAAUGUACUCGUCCAAGAGUACAAAAUUUUGUGUGGAAGAGAAGAGCUAAAAAAUAACGAAGCAGAUAUUUCUUGCCCCCUUUCUUCUUUCUGUCCUAGUUGGAUAUUAUAAAAAUUCUCAUAUUGCUCCCCAAAACUUUCACAAACCAACUGAUUUAACGUUUUUACACCGCCACAGAUAUUCCAGCAAUACCACACAUUCCACAAGCCUGCCAACGAUGUUCAGUUCGAGUUCUUUAUUUACGCAGUUAUUUGUGAAUAAAGCACUGUAGAGGGAUCAACACAUUUCUUUAUACAUAAUACUAUCGCCAUCGUCAGCUCAGUAAUUUAGGGUAAAUGAUGAUGAUAAUGACAGGAGUUUCUUAUAUGUCAUCAGGCUGCAAAAGUUUAAAAAUUUUAUAAAGGUUUACUCACCAAAACUUAGAAUCUGUAAAACAACAUUCAGGGCAAAAUCAGUUACACCUGUGCAUAACCGGGACAUCAAUUGUCAACUUGGCUGAACAUUUUUAAUUUUUUUACAAAGAUGCAAGUGUAAGCCGAGUGAUGGUGUAAGUGCGAGGGGCAUACUCUCCACUUUCAUCCUCCUGUCAUACUUGUAAAACGACAGACGGUCUUUAGGACAUUUAAAUUUAAAAUAAAAAAUGCGAAUUAAAUGGACACACUUGCACAUUCGUCAGAUUUGCUUUCCAGUCGGCAAGAAAAGUUCAUGUGGAGUUCACCUAAAUUUGACAAGUAUUCAUUAUAUCUG